UGCUGUUGCACGCUUCUUUCCUCCACAGUAGCCUUCUAUGUAGUGAGGCAGAGGAGCAAGUAAAUUUAGAAAGAAUGCCAUCAUCAAGAGACAGACAGAGAGAAACAAAAUGUUCCCAUUUCCUGUAACAUCAAGUUGGAUUUGAAGAAGGAAACUUGUGAGGCUGACAUGAAUACCAUGGAGACAAAGACUGUAAAUGUUAAGGAGGAGGAAUGUGAAUGGGAGUCUGUUCACUCCAGAAAUGAGAGACUGGGCGUAAAUGAGGACAGCAAACUGUGGUCAGUGGGCAUUAAAGAAAAGGCUGAAGAGAAGUCUAUCAGCAUUGAGACUUCCAAACAUAAAAGUAUUGAGAGUGUCAAGGAAGAAGAGCUUCAUGAUGGGUGUCAAGGUGGAGUGGUGAGCGGGUUGGUCUCUUCUCAAAGCCGACGCUGUUCAUCCCCAGAGUCUUCCCUUGAUGUGAAGUCUGAAUUACUACAGCCUGACCCAAACAGGACUGAGGAAAUUUCAUCAGUUAGGACACCACAAGAUCAACCACCACCUACAAAUAAGAAUCAAGAAAGUAACAAACCUUAUUGCUGUUCUGAAUGUGGUAAGAUGUUUACACAAAGAAGAAAUCUUCAGAUUCACAAAAGAAUUCACACUGGAGAGAAGCCAUUUUGCUGUUCUGAAUGUGGCAAACAGUUUUCACAAAGAAGCAAUCUUCAGCGCCAUAAACAAAUUCACACUGGAGAGAAGCCAUAUUGCUGUUCUGAAUGUGGCAGACGAUUCUCUGACAGGAGCCAUCUUCGGAGCCACAAAUUAAUUCACACUGGAGAGAAGCCAUAUUGCUGUUUAGAGUGUGGCAAACUAUUCUCACGAACAAGCACUCUUCAGUGGCACAAACGAAUUCACACAAGAGAGAAGCCAUAUUGUUGUUCUGAGUGUGUGAAAAAAUUCCAUAGCAUCAGUGAUCUUCUGAGGCAUGCGAGAAUUCACAAUGGAGAGAAACCAUAUUGCUGUUUUGAAUGUGGCAAGCAAUUCUCUAACAGGAGUAAUCUUCUGAGCCAUGCAAGAAUUCACAAUGGAGAGAAGCCAUAUUGUUGUUUCGAAUGUGGCAAACGAUUCUUAAGAAACAGCACGCUUCAGUCCCAUAAACGUAUACACACAGGAGAGAAGCCAUAUUGUUGUUCUGAAUGUGGCAAAACGUUUUCCCGAAGAAGCACUCUUCAGAGCCACAAAAUAAUUCAUACAGGAGAGAAGCCGUAUGGUUGUACAGAAUGUGGCAAACAAUUCUGUCACAGGAGUAAUCUUCUGAUCCACAAAAGAAUUCACACAGGAGAGAGGCCAUAUAGCUGUUCUGAAUGUGGCAAAAAAUUUUCACAAAGCGGCAUUCUUCAGCGCCACAAAAGAAGUCACAGAGGAGAGAAGUCUAUACAAAACUGACCCUGCUCUGCAACGCCUCCAUAAUAAAAGACGUAUCACUAUUCUGAGCA